AGACGCACAAAAGCUGAAAAGAAUGUAGACCAGUCACCAGAAACUAGUUAAGGUAAAUGCAAAUUCAUCCCCUCAAACUCAUGCUCUCUCCAACUUUUGCAAGAUGCUCAUCCAAUCUGAAACCUUAUUUCCUCAAAACCAAACCUUUCUCUUCUUCUUCUUUAGAUUUUUCACCAUGGUCUGGUCUGCAAUCAUGGAGAGAAAGCCCAUUGAACAAAAACAGGUUUUGGGGACCAAAUGGCCCACAAACACCUCCCUCUUCAAUUGACACCAAUGGCACUUCGUUGUUGGACUCUGCUUCUUCUCUUGCAGAACUUGGUGCUCUUGUUCUCUCUACUAGCGACCCUCUCUCAAAAUCCAAGCUUUCCCAUUUGGCUUUCUCUAAGUGGCGCAAUGAGAAGCUUCCUGUUGGGGUAUAUGACCCUCCUUCAAGACCUGCUAGGCCUCCUAAACCUGAAUUGGUUUCCCCAAAGGAAAUUCCAGCUCCUAAAGAUUCAGGCAUGCCUCUUAAUGCUUACAUGCUUCAUAAUCUUGCACAUGUGGAGCUAAAUGCAAUUGAUUUGGCGUGGGAUACUGUUGUUCGAUUUUCGCCUUUUAGCGAGAUUUUGGAGGAAGGAUUCUUUGCAGACUUUGCACAUGUCGCUGAUGAUGAGAGUCGUCAUUUUGCUUGGUGCUCUCAGAGACUUGACGAGCUGGGUUUCAGAUAUGGAGAUAUGCCUGCUCAUAAUUUGCUUUGGAGGGAGUGUGAAAAAUCAUCUGAUGAUGUUGCUGCCCGUUUGGCUGUGAUCCCUCUAGUCCAGGAGGCUAGAGGACUUGAUGCUGGGCCAAGGCUAGUGCAAAAACUAGUUGGCUUUGGAGACAAUAGGACAUCUAAAAUAGUGGCUAGAAUUGCUGAUGAGGAAGUUGCUCAUGUAGCCGUUGGGGUCUACUGGUUUGUCUCAGUCUGUCAGAAAAUGGGUCGUGCCCCUUGCUCCACUUUUAAAGAUUUGUUAAGGGAGUACAACGUGGAGUUGAAAGGGCCCUUUAAUUAUUCAGCUAGAGAUGAAGCUGGGAUUCCCCGUGACUGGUACGACAAAUCAUCCACAAAUAAACAGGACGAGGUUACAAAACCAGAUACCACCAAGAAGCUUUCUGUGGUUUACGAAAGACUUGCUUCUAUCAUUGCCAUGGAGACUGAAAAUGCAAGUUUGAAUAAGCCAGCUGGAUAAUACCUAGGGCGUAGGCAGCUUAGGUUGAAAAUCCUAAAAUUCUUAGCAGAUGGUUGGGUGACAAAUUGAUUUGAAGUUUCAUUUACGACUCAGCCAGUAGCUAUAGUGAUAUAGCUCAAAGACAGGUCACUCUGAAUUAGUAGUUCAGAGUCAUCUUGUCUUGCAUUUUGCAACUCCGGGUAACUGCCAAUGCUGGCCCUUUCUGGAGCUUAUAGUUUUAGAAGUGCUCUUUUCAUCAUAUUGUCUGUCCUAUCAUGUAUAUAUGUGAAUUUGUAUAGAUUAGAACUUCUGUUGUUUCUUUCUUGAUCAGUUCUAAGAAAAUAACUGUAACAAUUGAAAUCCCUCUUGAUGACAUUUGGAUUCGGUGGCUGUGUAGCAGAAUAGGCUAUGAUAUCAGGCUUACUGAUUCUGCUGGAUCCAUGGAUGAUUUUUAUAUAAUUAUAUAGAUUAAGCUUUCUGAAA